AUGGGCGCGAAGCAGAGCAGCCCCACCGCCGCCAAUGGCCGCACCCGGGCGUACUCGGGCGGGGACCUGCCUUCCUCGAGCAGCAGCAGCAGCGGCGGCGCUAACGGGACCGGCGGGCGCUCGGCCGGCGGCGGCGGGCGCUACGCGCACCUGGCGGCCGCGCCUCACGCUGCUCCCGGCGGCGCGGCGGCCGCGGCGGCCGGAGGAGCGGCGGCGGCGGCGGGGAGUGCCGCGGCGUCGGCACCCCGGAGCAGAUCUCUAGGGGGUGCCACGGCCUCCGGGGCCCGGGCGGCGCAGUCUGCCUUCAACAUCCCCCACAGCAGCGGCCCCUACGGCUCGCAGGACUCGGUCAGCAGCACCCCGGAGGAGGGCGGCCGGGAGCGGCCCGCGGGGGGCGGCGGCGGCUCCGGCUCCUCCGGCGGGCCCCGGCUGGUGAUCGGCUCGCUGCCCGCGCACCUCUCGCCGCACCUGUUCGGAGGAUUCAAGUGCCCUGUAUGUUCAAAAUUUGUAUCCUCUGACGAAAUGGAUUUACAUCUUGUAAUGUGUUUGACAAAACCAAGGAUAACCUACAAUGAGGAUGUGCUGAGUAAAGAUGCUGGGGAGUGUGCAAUAUGCCUGGAAGAGCUGCAGCAAGGAGAUACUAUAGCACGGCUGCCUUGCCUCUGCAUAUAUCAUAAAGGCUGCAUAGAUGAAUGGUUUGAAGUAAAUAGAUCUUGCCCUGAGCAUCCAUCAGAUUAAGACAAGAUUCAUAUUUUUAGCUGCUUCCACUGAUCAGAAAACAUUGGAGAUGUGAGGUUCCCUUGCUGAACACAGCGUGCCUGGCUUGAGACUUAGUUCUUUGUGGCUGAAAAAGGCAAAGAUGGACAGUGACACGGACAAAGCAUUGCAGACACUGUUACUUGCCAGUAGUGCUCGGUAUACCAAACACUCAUGCAAAGGACACACAGGGAUUUUGAAAAUGCUGCACAUCCUGUAACAAUCUACUCCCCAGAGACAUUGCUGACACUAUUUUGUAUCGAAGGCCAAAGUUCCUAAUUUCAGCCUAACUUCUGGUUCUGUGAAGAAGCGAGUUAUUGGACAUGUUUCCUACUGCCUCCAGUGGAAGCGGAGACGUUCGAUACGUGCUAUCUGAGACCCUUGCAGGGGGACGGCCCCAAAUUCGAGUGGGAACAUUUUUACCUUCUCCUUGGCUGAAGAACAGUAAAUGGCAAAAUAAAUAAAAUCUAACAGUGUGACCUUAA